AUGUUUCCAACAGUUUCUGUCCAAAAAAAAUUUGGCCAUUUUGGUGUGAGCUCAACCCAGCUCUACACAGCUCCUGUACACACCUCAGCCAACCCAUCCAGCUCAACCCAGCUCCCACUCAGCCAAUCCAUCCAGCUCACCCCAGCUCCCAAGACACAGCUCCACGCAGCUCCUGUCAGCUCCCCUGCACAUAGAGCUCAACCCAGCUCUACACAGCUCCUGUACACACCUCAGCCAACCCAUCCAGCUCAACCCAGCUCCCACUCAGCCAGUCCAUCCAGCUCAACCCAGCUCCAUCCAGCUCAACCCUGCUCCUACAACACAGCUCCAACCAGCUCAACCAAGCUCCACACAUCUCCAUCCAGCUCCCUACACAGCUCCAUCCAGCUCAACCCAGCUCCACACAGCUCCAACUACACAGCUCCACUCAGCUCAAUCCAACUCCAUGCAGCUCCACACAGCUCCAUCCAGCUCCCACUCAGCCAAUCCAUCCAGCCCAACCCAGCUCCACGCAGCUCCAAACAGCUCCCUACACAGCUCCAAACAGCUCCCUACACUGUUCCAUCCAGCUCAAUCCAACUCCAUGCAGCUCCACACAGCUCCCACUCAGCCAAUCCAUCCAGCUCCACUCAGCUCAAUCCAACUUCAUGCAGCUCCACACAGCUCCACACAGCUCCCACUACACAGCUCCACUCAGCUCAAUCCAACUUCAUGCAGCUCCCCACAGCUCCCCACAGCUCCCACUCAGCCAGUCCAUCCAGCUCAACCCAGCUCAACCCAGCUCCACGUAGCUCCACACAGCUCCACAAGCUCCCUACACAGCUCCAUCCAGCUCAACCCAACUCCAUGCAGCUCCACACAGCUCCCACCACACAGCCCCACUCAGCUCCAUCCAGCUCAACCCAACUCCAUGCAGCUCCACACAGCUCAACCCAACUCCACACACAUCUCCAUCCAGCUCCCUACACAGCUCCAUCCAGCUCAACCCCACUCCAUGCAGCUCAACCCAGCUCCAUACAGCUCCACACUGCUCAUGUACACACACACCUCAGUCAAUCCAUCCAGCUCAACCCAGCUCCACACGGCCCCAUAUGGCUCCAAGCAGCUCCUGUACACACCUCAGCCAGCCAUUCCCACUCCACACAGCUCACACAGAUCCUGUAUACACCUCAUUCAAUCCAUCCAGCUUCCGUACAUACCUCAGCCAGCCCAUCCAGUCCAAUUCAGCUCCACACAGGUCCAUAAAGGUCAACCCAGCUCCAUGCAACUCCUGUACACACCUCAGCCAGCUCAACCCAGUUUCAAGUAUGGCCCCACUGCUUAAUUCAUAAAAUUGAUUUCAACUCCCCAUUUUUCACACAACUACCCAGUGGAAUGUAUAAAAAUUGAAAAAAAGAGAUACCAGU